AUGUUGUCAAGCUUUGUCGGCAUACGACACUCUCUGAAAUGGAAGUGCUGCUGGAGAUCCUGUGGUAGUAUUAACUAUUGUUCUUCCAAUCGAAAGUGGUUUUUCAUAAAUGUAGUCCAGAGGAAAGCUCAUACACGGACAAGAGCACCAUCAUCAAGGAUAAACCAGAAGCCGGUGUUUGCUCGAGCUCCAGCGUUUGGAGACAAAACAGCCGUGAUAGACAGUAGUUGCAGCCACAGCUACAAGCAGUUGUAUGCGAACAGCUUGGGCCUUGCAAGGAGAAUCAAUGACGCACUACACUCUGACUUUGGAAGGCUGGAAGGCAAACCAAUAUCCUUCCUGUGUGCUAAUGAUGCUUCCUAUACAGUAGCCCAGUGGGCUACUUGGAUGAGUGGAGGGACGGCGGUUCCACUAUACAAAAAACACCCACUAUCAGAACUGGAGUACAUAAUCACAGACUCCCAGAGUGCGCUGCUGGUAGCGGGGCAUCCUUAUGCUGAAACCCUGGAGCCACUGGCACAGAGACUGGGUCUGCCUUGUCUGACACUUCCUCUUACUUCAAAACUCAGCACUUUAAACAACAGCGACAGCCAAGACAUGGAGGAGGCCAGUACAGAAUGGGGUUCUCGACCAGCCAUGAUAAUUUACACUAGUGGUACUACAGGGAGGCCCAAAGGUGUUCUUCAUACGCACAGCAGCAUCCAAGCCAUGGUCCAGUGUCUGGUCUCUGAGUGGGCGUGGUCUCAAGAUGACGUCAUUCUCCAUACACUGCCCCUCCACCAUGUGCACGGCAUUGUAAACAAGCUGCUGUGUCCUCUCUGGGUCGGCGCUACUUGUGUCAUGCUGCCAGAUUUCAAUCCUCGAAAGGUAUGGGAGAUGCUGCUUAGCUCCAAAGCACCAAUGGUUAAUGUUUUCAUGGCUGUUCCAACCAUCUACUCCAAACUCAUCCACUAUUAUGAUCAGCACUUUACUCAGCCCCAUGUCAAGGACUUUGUCAAAGCAGUGUGCAAAGAGAGGAUCAGACUCAUGGUCUCUGGUUCUGCCGCUCUCCCGCUGCCCACUCUGCAGCGCUGGGAGGAAAUCACAGGGCACAUACUGCUGGAACGCUAUGGGAUGACUGAGAUCGGCAUGGCACUGUCCAAUCGUCUGAAAGGCCCACGCCCACCAGGGGCUGUAGGGUUGCCACUGCCUGGUGUGGAAGUGCGGAUUGUCAUGAAUAACACAACAAACACCGUAAUGGUAGAAGGAAACCACACGGAGAGUAAGGUACGACCAGGUCUGGAAGGGAAGGAAGGGGAACUCCUAGUUCGAGGUCCGUCUGUGUUUAAGGAGUACUGGAAUAAAAAGCAAGAAACCACAGACUCUUUUACGGAUGACGGCUGGUUUAAAACGGGAGACACAGCAGUAUUUAAAGAAGGUGCUUAUUGGAUCAUGGGCCGCACAAAAGUUGACAUAAUCAAGAGUGGUGGCUAUAAGAUCAGCGCCCUCGAAGUGGAGCGCCACUUGCUGUCUCAUCCAGACAUCAUAGACAUCGCUGUGAUUGGGGCACCAGACGAUACGUGGGGACAAAAGGUCACCGCAGUGGUUCAGCUCAAGGAGGGUCAGAGUUUGACCCUACCGGAUUUAAAGAAAUGGGCAAGAGAGCACAUGGCGCCCUACUCCAUCCCCACAGGCCUGCUUCUGGUGGACGAGAUACCGAGGAACCAAAUGGGCAAGGUCAAUAAGAAGGACCUUCUAAGACACUUCUUCCCAUGA